UCUGCAAAUAUCUAAAUAAUUAAAACACUUAGUUCCAGAAAUGGGAAAUCAAGUUGGUUUUGCCUAGCUACUUGUAUAAAUAGAAAACACUACUGCAAUCUCCUCUUCCCUCAAGAAGCCUUCUUCGAAAUAUUUCUUCUCUGAUAAUAAUUAAAAGCAAAAGAAAACAGUUUUUUUUUCUUUCUAUAUUUUCUUUAAUAAAAAAAAAAGUAAAGAGAUGGAGGAAACGAAGGAGAGAAAGAUAGUCGUAGCAGUGGACGAAAGCGAAGAGAGUAUGGAAGCUCUUUCAUGGAGUCUUGACAAUCUUUUUCCGUAUGGUUCCAACAAUACCCUCAUCCUCCUCUACGUCAAGCCCCCUCUUCCCGUUUACUCUUCCCUUGACGCCGCAGUGACCGGUGAUCCGGUUGCAGCCUUGAUGAAAUAUGAACACGAGCUCGUUGAAUCAGUCAUGGCUCGAUCUCGAAACGUGUACCAAGAUUUUGAGUCUGAUAUUAAAAUAGAGAGACGAGUUGGACGAGGAGAUGCAAAAGAAGUUAUAUGCAACGCAGUUCAGAAACUUAGAGCUGAUAUGUUAGUGAUUGGUACACAUGACUACGGCUUCUUCAAAAGGGCAUUGCUAGGGAGUGUGAGCGAGUAUUGCGCGAAACGAGUCAAGUGUCCUGUGAUUAUCGUCAAGAAGCAACCUCAAGAUAAUUGAUCAGCUUAUCAUCAUCACAUAUCUCUUUAUAUAUAAUUGUAUAUAUGUUGCUUUGAUGUAACAUUUGAAUCAAUCUUCGUAUGCAAUUAUGAAUACAUGACGGUUUAAGAAUAGUAAA